CCAGGCAGGCCGGGCGGGCGGUGUAGUCUCUCCGGUGAGACGCUAAGUGCUGGUUACUAGGAUCCUCCUGCGGCCUGCUCUCCCCGCCAAUCACGGGCCGCAGCAGCCCCGAGCCCCGGUAACGGGCGCUCCCCUCCCCCCCAGCCCCAGUGAUGCCCGAGCAGGGCCCCAGGAUGAACGGCUUCUCACUGGGGGAGCUGUGCUGGCUGUUCUGCUGCCCGCCGUGCCCGAGCCGGAUCGCCGCCAAGCUGGCCUUCCUGCCCCCGGAGCCCACCUACACGGUGAGGGAGUCCGAGUCCGGCCCGGGAGCCCCGCGGGAGGACGAGCCGGUGGCGGCGGCGGGCGAGGCCGGGGUGCCGUGCAGCCUGCACCUGUCCGAGCGGGCGGACUGGCAGUACUCCCAGCGGGAGCUGGACGCGGUGGAGGUGUUCCGCUGGCGGACCGAGCUGGGCAGCUGCCUGGGCUGCAUGUUCGUGCGUUGCGCCCCCGGCAGCCGGUACACCCUGCUUUUCUCGCACGGGAACGCCGUGGACCUGGGCCAGAUGUGCAGCUUCUACAUCGGCCUGGGCUCCCGCAUCAACUGCAACGUCUUCUCCUACGACUACUCCGGGUACGGGGUGAGCAGCGGCAAGCCCAGCGAGAAGAACCUGUAUGCCGACAUCGAGGCGGCCUGGCAUGCCCUCAGGACCCGUUAUGGGGUAAAUCCCGAGAAUGUCAUCCUGUAUGGUCAGAGUAUUGGCACAGUACCUACAGUAGACCUGGCUUCUCGAUAUGAAUGUGCAGCUGUUAUACUUCACUCCCCUCUUAUGUCUGGUCUACGGGUUGCUUUUCCAGACACAAGGAAGACCUAUUGCUUUGAUGCAUUUCCUAGCAUUGACAAAAUCUCCAAGGUUACAUCUCCUGUGCUGAUUAUUCACGGAACAGAAGACGAAGUUAUUGAUUUUUCACAUGGUUUGGCCAUGUAUGAGCGCUGCCCACGAGCCGUGGAGCCUUUGUGGGUGGAAGGAGCAGGGCACAAUGACAUAGAGCUGUACGCGCAGUAUCUAGAGAGACUAAAGCAGUUCAUAGCCCAUGAGCUACCCAAUUCCUGAGAGCUUCCUAUGGUCUUACCUCAGUUACUGUGAAUGGCAGAAGCGACUAGUCUGAGAAGACAUGUCCACUAAGGUGCUGGGCAUCUCCUAACACUGCCCACAAGUAUCCUCCUGUGGGUUGGAUUAGUCUGGCCAAGGAUCCAGUUGCACCUGUCUUUUAUUUUUUUUUUAUUUUUUCAAUGAUUAAUCAGCUGCUGUAAUUUAAUCCCAGCCUUUUCAAGAUCCUGGAACCUCUGGGUUUGUUUUUUUCUGGAGCACUGUUUAUAUUCUGAAACUUGUUUACACAACACAAUUUUGAAGUAAUUGAAUCUUCUACUGCCAGUCAGUCUCACCACUACAGCUCUGGACCAGCUGGCUUUAUAAAUGCUCUUUUGGAUCUGACAUACGAUCACAGCAGAUAAUCCUUUUGUUCAUCACUGACUGACUGAUCUUUUUUUCCGUUCCUUUUUAUUUUAUGAAUUGAGGAGUUUUGCUUGUUUGGUAACCUGUUUAGAUGUGGUAUUGUGAUGGAUCCUGUCUUUAGAAAUAUCUUUAUCCCUUAGGGGGGUCUCAUGAUAAAUAUAUUUAUCCACAAUAAAUUAUUUCAAGAUAGUCAAUGUGAUUUUUGAAAACAGAAAUGGAUGGAAUCAUCAACUUACAGAUCAAUGUUUUCAAAAUCUAUUCAGCAGAUAUUUUGAAUUCCCUCUAAUGGGAUCUAAUUAUAAAUAAAAUGUAUUGUUAAAAUAAAUGUUAGUGUAUUAGAAAAUGCUCUAACCCCAGCAUUGCACACCCGAUGUCCCCUGAAAUUAUUAUUCCAUAAUGCAUUCCGAAUACAUUUCUUUCAAGUCAUUUCAACACUAGAACCUUUCUGUUUUUUUCUGUUUAUUUUUGUCCAGUACAUGAUAAAUGACUGCUCUGUUUUUUUAAACAACUAAGUCUUUUGUUAUGGUUUUUAUCCCUCCGUUGUUUUUUCUAUCAAAUGGUUUUUUAUAAUGUUUCCAAAGACAAGAGUGGUAUAUAAACAUUUAUGGAGAAAAUUGUAAACUAAUCAUUUUAGUUCUUGACUUUUUUUUCCUUCUUUAACACUGGAAAGGCACAAAUGAAACUCUUCAAGCUAACACUAAUUGGUGGGCCUGUAGACCCAGUCCUACCAGAAGAGAGAUAAACGCGGUGCGUUAACCUUAUGGCAGGAGAGGCAAUCUUUUCUGCUGUCAGAUGGGUUCUAGGAUACCUUACUUGACUGCCCUGUUGCAGAAAAAGGUUUGCAGCCAUGAAAUAUAUGACGAGUCUGGACUUUCUUUUUGUAAAAUGAACACAAUAUAUUAUGAUUUAUUUCUUGUUGCUUGAGGACAGUAAUAUGUUGGAAUAAAGAAUGCAUGGAAAGGAAAAA